AUGACAUGGGUGCCGUUCGGCGGGAAGACCAGCUCCAUCUGGGAGCACACCUUCACGCCGCUCCACCUCGGCAUCAUCCUCGCUGUUAGCGGGAACCUGCUGAUCGCGUGCAGCCUCGCCCUCCAAAAGUGGGUGCACAUGGCCUUCGAGCGCGAAGACGAGGAGCCGAGGUUAGCAGCGCGCGCCCGCACGCUCUUCCCUGUGGCGCUGCUCGGACUGAUGCUGGGCGAGGUCGGCAACUUCGCCGCCUUCGGCCUCGCCAGCCCGACCGUGGUGUCGCCCCUCGGCGCCGUCGCCGUCAUCGCCAACGCCGCCAUCGCCUUCCUCGUGCUAAAGGCGCGCCCAGAGCGCUUCUACCUCCGGAACCUUCUCGGAAUCGUCGUCACCGUCUUCGGCUCCGUGGUCGUCGUGCUCAACGCGCCGCCGGCUGACCUCUCCCUCACCUCCUUUAAAACGCUCGUCACCGCGCCCCCCUCCCUCAUCUAUUUCGCCGUCGUCGGCGCUGGAAUCCUGCUGCUUUGGCUCUCGGAACCAAAGUUCGGGCACCGGUGCUCCAUCACCGUCCUCUCCUCCUCCGCCAUCUCGCACUUCAUCACUCAUUUGGGCGAAGACCCGUCGGUCCUCCAGCUGAAGCACCUCAACUUGGCGCAGAAGCACUUUGACUCGAGCGCCGUCGUGCCGGUCUACUACCUCUCCUUCACCAUCUGCUCCAUCUCCGGCGGCGGUAUCGACUUUUGGCGCUUCACGCCCCUCACCGCCUUCGGCUUCGUCUCCGGCUGCCUCUUCUGCUUCAGCGGUGUGUCCACCUCACCACCAAUCGCGGUACCGAGGGUGAUGAAGUGCUACUCCCCAGCUGACGUGUACUAG